UUGUUCAUUUCCCCCCCCUUUGCUUCCCACCAAUGAAAACGCGCCGGUGGGGCGGAAGGGGCUAGGACUGCGCUUGCGCAGAGCGAGCGGAGCUGGGUCCGCGUGUGCGCUUAUGCCUGGUGCCUGCCGGCACGGCUGUGUAAGAGCAGGAGGAGCGGCAUGUCGUGGCUUUUUGGCUUGAACCGCGGCGGCGGCGGCGGCGGUGGUGGGGAUGCGGGCCCGGGAGUCUCCUCCGGGCUGCCUCCGCUGCCCCCUCCGCCUGGAGGGACAUCUGGGGAAGGAUCGGGCGAAGGGAGCCGCCCCAAGGACAAAUGGAGCAACUUCGACCCCACUGGCUUGGAGCGCGCCGCCAAGGCUGCCAGGGAGCUGGACACCUCCCGACACGCGAAAGAGGCCCUCAACCUGGCACAGUUGCAGGAACAGACUUUGCAGUUGGAGCAGCAGUCCAGACUGAAGGAAUAUGAGGCUGCGAUAGAACAACUGAAAAACGAACAGGUCCGCAUCCAGGCCGAAGAGAGGAGAAAAACGCUGGGCGAGGAGACAAGGCAGCAGCAAGCGAGAGCACAGUACCAGGACAAGCUAGCCAGGCAGCGUUACGAAGACCAGUUGCGACAGCAGCAACUCCUAAAUGAAGAGAACUUGAGGAAGCAAGAGGAAUCUGUUCAGAAGCAGGAGGCGAUGAGGCGUGCUACGGUGGAGCGGGAGAUGGAGCUCCGGCACAAGAACGAGAUGGUGCGGAUCGAGGCUGAAGCCCACGCCCGCGCCAAGGCCGAGCGGGAGAAUGCCGACCUCAUCCGGGAGCAGAUCCGGUUGAAAGCAGCUGAGCACCGCCAGACAGUGCUGGAUUCCCUCAAGACUGCCGGGACGUUGUUUGGAGAAGGGUUUCGUGCCUUUGUCACGGACUGGGACAAAGUGACGGCCACGGUGGCUGGGUUGACCCUCCUGGCUGUUGGCAUCUACAGCGCCAAGAAUGCUACUGCGGUUGCCGGUCGGUACAUAGAGGCUCGCCUGGGCAAGCCGUCAUUGGUGCGGGAGACCUCCCGCAUCACCAUCCUGGAGGUGCUCAAACAUCCCAUUAAGGUUGGCAAGAGGCUCACUAGUACGGCCCAGGAUGCCCUCGAAGGAGUCGUUCUCAGCCCAAAGUUGGAGGAGCGUGUGAGAGACAUUGCCAUUGCGACGCGGAAUACACGGAACAACAGAAGCCUGUACAGGAACAUCCUAAUGUACGGCCCCCCAGGGACCGGAAAGACUCUCUUUGCCAAGAAAUUAGCCAUGCAUUCUGGCAUGGAUUAUGCCAUCAUGACUGGUGGCGACGUCGCCCCCAUGGGGCGGGAAGGAGUUACUGCCAUGCAUAAAGUCUUUGACUGGGCAAACACGAGUCGAAGAGGCCUCUUGCUGUUCGUGGACGAAGCGGAUGCGUUCCUGCGGAAGAGGGCGACGGAAAAAAUCAGCGAAGAUCUGCGAGCGACGUUGAAUGCUUUCUUGCACAGGACGGGACAGCACAGCAACAAGUUUAUGCUCGUUUUAGCGAGCAACCAGCCAGAACAGUUCGACUGGGCCAUCAACGACCGGAUAGAUGAAAUGGUUCACUUCCAGCUGCCAGGUUUGGAAGAGAGGGAGAGGCUGGUCCGGAUGUAUUUUGACAAGCACGUCCUGAAGCCGGCCACCGAGGGCAAACAGCGCUUGAAGCUCGCCCAGUUUGACUAUGGGGAAAAGUGUUCGGAGAUUGCCACGCUGACCAAGGGCAUGUCCGGCCGAGAGAUCUCGCAGCUCGCCGUGGCCUGGCAGGCCGCAGCCUACGCCUCGGAGGACGGCGUCCUGUCCGAAGCCAUGAUCGACGCCCGGGUGGCCGACGCCGUCCAGCAGCACAAGCAGAAAAUGGAGUGGUUAAAAGCUGAGGGGGUGGAGCCAGGCAAGAGCCAAUCGUUGCCUCUUACCCUGGGGAAGGCCCUAUGAGAAGGCUUUGGG